AUGAACAUGAAGGCUCUUCCAUUCAUUUCCGUCCUCACCCUUGCUCUCGCAUCCCCCCGUAUCACAGAUACGUCCAUCGCGCCCAACUCGUCCACCACGCCGGCGCCCACGACACCCGACGGCACCAUCUGCGAAUGCGGCUAUACAUACUGCGCAUCAGUCCUCAUGGCCAUGAAGAAGCCGUGGACCACCAAGCAGCUCGCAGAGGCAUACUGCGCUACCCCAAACGCCGUCUGCAGCAGUGGGAAGCCGAGCACGAGCAUCAACUCGGCCUUGUAUAUCUGUCUUUGUGAAGACCCCGGACAGAAGCUCGGGAACCAGUUGGACUUGCUGUGUGGGUGCGACAAGUGCUUGGUCGUUGGGCCGGAUUUCCGCGGGAGAUGCGAGACGCCGUGCCACGCUGGGCAGUGCAAGACAUGA